GUCCUACGUGCGAUCGCGAGCGAUCCGCUCGUCCUAUAGAAGCCCCGUGUGUUAAUGUUAUGAAUGCAAAGUCUGUGAACUGUGGCAUACCCAGUUCUGCAUUAGAAAAACAGUGGAUUGUCGUAUGCUGGGCAAACACUGGGGAAAUUUCACUAGAUACCUCAUUUCUCAGGCUUGGAAACAUUCUGUAUUUUUGAUGUGGUAAAUGGCAUACAAUGCUUGAGCAGGAGCCAUUUGUCCCUCCACCGGAGGCUCCAGUCUUUGAGCCGACGGAGGAGGAAUUCGCCGAUCCACUCGGCUACAUCGCAAAGAUUCGACCCAUUGCGGAGAAGAGUGGCAUUUGUAAAAUCAGGCCUCCUUCGGAUUGGCAGCCCCCAUUUGCUGUUGAUGUUGACAUGUUCAAGUUUACACCAAGAAUCCAGAGGUUGAAUGAACUUGAGGCCAAGACUCGCAUCAAGCUGAACUUCCUUGAUCAGAUUGCAAAGUACUGGGAGCUUCAGGGUUGCCGCUUGAGAAUUCCCAAUUGUUAUGGCAAGUCGUUGGAUCUGUUCAACUUGUUCAGGGUUGUACAUGAAGAAGGUGGAUUUGAGACAUGCGUCAGAGAACGAAAAUGGAGCAAAGUUGCUGGAACAAUGGGCUUUGCCUCCAAGGCAGUUGGCUCUCAGUUGAUGAAGCACUAUGAGCGAAUACUGUGGCCGUAUGAUAUCUUCCAGGCAGGAGCCACUCUGGACACCCCUGUGAUACUUCCUGAGGGUGACUCUAAGGAUAAAGACUAUGUGCCUCAUGGUAUUGUCUCCCGUCAGGCAGUCAAACCAUCUGGUGGAGGGUGCUACAGUAGAAGAGUCAAACGCCAAGCUCCAGAAGAUCCUCUGAACAUAGACUUCAGCAAUAACCCGGAACUGAAGAAACUUCAGCUGUACGGUCCUGGUCCAAAGUUCCAAGGGUUGGGUCUUGUGGCAGGUGGUGAAAAGAAACCAGAAGGCACAGUCAAAGAAGAAGAAGCCACCACGAAGCCAGAAAACACUAAGGAAUCGGAUUCCAAACACAGGCGAUCUUCACCUAGAAAACAUGAAGAGAAGCCAGCAGGAACAAGCAUGACCAUGAGAGACCGCUCCAAUGUACUCAGUGCAAGCUUUAUUGAGAACUACAUGUGUCGUGGUUGUGGGCGUGGUGAUGCUGAGGAAUGCCUUCUGCUGUGUGAUGGAUGUGAUGACAGCUUCCAUACCUUCUGUCUUAUUCCUCCUCUCUUUGAGGUGCCAAAGGGAGAUUGGCGAUGUCCUAAAUGCCUUGUCCAGGAAUGUAACAAGCCAACUGAAUGCUUUGGCUUUGAGACUGCUUACAAGCAGUACACCCUGCAGUCCUUUGGAGAGAUGGCUGACCAAUUCAAAAGAGAUUACUUCUCCAUGCCAGUCCACAUGGUGCCUCCAGAGACCAUUGAGAAGGAAUUCUGGCGUCUGGUGACGGCCAUCGAUGAAGAUGUCAAAGUGGCCUAUGGUGCUGACAUCCACUCCCUGGAUCUUGGUAGUGCCUUCCCUAAUAAGAAGAGCAAGGUCGUUGGGGAAGAGGACAUGGAAUAUGUGAACUCUGGUUGGAAUCUGAACAACCUGCCAGUUCUUGACGGAUCCGUCCUGUCUCACAUCAAUGCCGAUAUCUCUGGGAUGAAGGUCCCCUGGAUGUAUGUCGGCAUGUGCUUUGCAUCCUUCUGCUGGCAUAAUGAGGACCAUUGGAGUUAUUCCAUCAACUACAUGCACUGGGGUGAGCCUAAGACAUGGUACGGGGUGCCCGGUAAAUCAGCAGAUCACUUUGAGCAGGUCAUGAAGGAACAGGCCCCUGAACUCUUUGAAGCACAGCCAGAUCUCCUCCAGCAACUUGUCACCAUCCUAUCCCCUACCAUCCUCAUGAAAAACAAUGUGCCGCUGGUAAGAACCAACCAGUGUGCAGGGGAGUUUGUGGUCACAUUCCCACGGGCCUACCACGCUGGCUUCAACCAGGGCUACAACUUUGCUGAAGCAGUCAACUUCUGCCCGACUGACUGGCUUCCUAACGGUCGUUCAUGCAUCGAGCAUUACCGCAAGCUGCGCCGAUUCUGCGUCUUCUCCCAUGAGGAGCUGGUCUGUAAGAUGGCUGCUGAUCCGGAUAGUCUGGACUUGAACCUAGCAGCCGCUGUCCACAAAGAGAUGCUAGUCAUGGUGGAACAGGAGAAGAGAUUACGCAAGAAGCUACUAGAAAGAGGCACUACUGAGGCAGAACGGGAGGCCUUUGAAUUGCUACCAGAUGAUGAGCGACAAUGUGAUCAUUGUAAGACCACAUGUUUCCUGUCUGCUGUGACCUGCCCAUGUACACCCAAUAAGCUGGUGUGUAUCCAUCACACGGAGAACCUCUGCCUGUGUCAUCCUUCCAAGCACUGCCUCAGAUAUCGCUAUACUUUGGAUGAAUUACCUGCUAUGCUGCAUCGACUCAAAGUCCGAGCGGAGUCUUUUGACAACUGGGCCAACAAGGUGAAAAAUGCCCUGAAUGCAUCCCAAGACAACAAACUAGAUGUGACACAGCUAAAACAGAUGAUCGUUGAGGCAGAUGAGAAGCAUUUCCCUGACAAUGAGCUCCUUCAGCAGCUGGUGUCAGCUGUCACAGAAGCAGAGCGUUGCGCUACCAUUGCCACACAGCUUGUCAGCAAGAAACACAGGACCAGACAAAGACAGCAUGGUGAUUCUAAGUAUGUGACACGGUUGACUCUGGAGGAACUGAAGGACUUCAUGGAGCAAGUCCAAGGCCUACCCUGUGAGAUCAGAGAGGUGGAACUUGUACAGGACCUGCUUGCCAAAGUGGGAAGCUUCCAGACAGAGGCACAGGAUGCACUGUGCGAUACCAUCCCAGACUCAGACAAGCUGAAACGGCUGAUUGAAGUGGGUAAAGGCAUCGAUAUAGAGCUCCCAGAAAUACCCAAACUCAAACAGGAGUUGUCCCAGGCUCGUUGGCUGGAUGAAGUCCGUGCUACCCUUCAGAUCCCCAACAGUGUGACCCUUGACACCCUACGUAAGCUGAUUGACUCUGGUGUAAGCCUGGUGCCUCAUCCUGCUGUAGAGAAGGCCAUGGCAGAACUACAAGAGCUGCUGACAGUCAGCGAGAGAUGGGAAGAAAAGGCCAAGAUAUGCCUACAGACAAAACCUUGUCGUGCUAUGGCUACUCUGGAGACUAUCGUCAAUGAAGCAAGGAACAUCCCCGCCUUCUUACCUUACACUGCAUUACUCAGUGAAGCCCUCAAGAAAGCCAAAGAAUGGACCAGGAAAAUUGAAGAAAUACAGAAUGGAGAGCACUUUCCCUACCUGGACCUUCUGGAGAGUAUGGUGAUGAGUGGCCGUCCCGUUCCUGUUCGCUUAGAGCAACUGCCCCAGGUAGAGUCCCAGGUCUCCGCAGCCAGGGCAUGGAGAGAGAGAACAGCUAGGACAUUCCUCAAGAAGAACUCACCAUACUCACUGGUUGAGGUGCUGUCACCAAGGCGGGAUAUCGGUAUCUAUCAGUCCACUAAGGCACGCAGAAAGAAACAAAAAGAUCUGGAGAGACUCCGAGAGAUGGAAAAGGAGUAUGCAGUGGAAGUCAACACAGAUGAGAUCAGGGACCCAGCAGCAUUUGUGGCUGGCUACAAAGACAACGAGGCCCGAGAGAUUGAAUUGAUGCGUUUGUUGCGAGACAAGAACCGUCGCAAACAGCAGAUGGAGGAGGAAGGUACUGAGCAAGGCAAGUACUGCAUUUGCCGUAAGGGUGUCGGUGGCUUCAUGCUGCAGUGUGAGUUAUGCAAGGACUGGUUCCACAAUACUUGCGUACCUCUUCCCAAACCCAACGCCAACAAGAGUAAGUUCCUGACUCCAGUUGUCAGUGGAGCCAGCUCGUCUAUACAGCAGCCUCAAGCACGUGACAUGAAGUUCUUGUGCCCGAUGUGUUUGAGAUCACGCCGACCCCGUCUGGAGACCAUCCUUUCCUUAUUGGUGUCACUUCAGAAGCUGCCAGUACGACUACCUGAAGGAGAAGCCUUACAGUGUCUGACAGAACGUGGUAUGAGCUGGCAAGACCGUGCCCGCCAGGCACUGGCAACAGAGGAGUUAGCAUCAGCAUUAGCCAAACUGUCUGCACUGAGUCAGCGCAUGGUAGAGCAAGCUGCCAAAGAGAAAACAGAGCAGAUUAUGUCAUCAGAGGUCAAGAGGGCUGCUGGUAAUCCUGAGCAGCAGGAAUACAGGCAAAGCAUCUCACAGAGUCCAGCGAAUAGGGAGUUAUCCACUGAUGUCCAUGCUGCAUCUAUUCUCCAUGGUAUGUCACCUGUUCCUACCCAUCCUCAACCUGAUGCUCAUCCCCAAGCAGAGAACGAUACACCUUUCCCUGAUGAAAACAACACCACACCAUUGGCUAUGGACACCGAAGCUCGUCAGCCCCCACACAUGAUUGGACUUGAGAAAACCAUUCAAGACUCGUCUGCUGAGCAAGAAGAUACCUACCCUCCACCCGACGUCUCCGAUUCUGACUUAUCUCCAACUGAUCAGCUCCCAGACACUGAACACGCCUACAGUGCCGUUACCAGCUCUGAGCAUGCAUACAGUGCUGCCCCUAAGGCAAAGCAGGAGCCAGUACAGCAACGUAAGCACUCUCGAAAGUCUGCAGUCAUUCCGAGACCUGUGGAAUCUCCUGUACUGGAACUGUCACCGAUGGUUAAGGCUCAGCUAGAAGAUCUAAUGAUGGAGGGGGACCUGCUGGAGGUAUCACUUGAUGAGACGCAGCACAUCUGGCGCAUCUUACAGGCUUGCCAACCAGUACGAGAGGAACGCUUCAUGGAACUCUUUGUACAGCAACUCAAAGAGGAAUCCAUCACUGAGAAAAUUCUGAUGCGGCCCAAGAUCAUAGACAAGGAGAAAAAGAAGCUGAAGCGCAAACGAGAGAACGAAGGAAUGAGCGAGGAUACCGAGACCUUCCGAGCAGCCAUGAUGGAAGAGGCUCACAAGCUGGAGAAGAGAAUGAAGAAGAGGAAGAAACAGGAGAAGGAUGGACGCGGCAUCAAGAAGGAGCAGCUAGGCCUGGCUGAUAAGAUUAAGAAGGAAGGCAAAGAGAACAAGAUGAAGGAAGAAAACAAGAAAAUGAAGAAGAAAAAAGCAGUCAAAGAUGAGAAGGAGAAGGGUAAGAAGCUGGAGACUGAGCCGUUUGUCAAUGUAGACGGUGAUGAGGAUGAUGAGCAAUGCUCAGCCAAACACUGUCUACAACCCACCGGUGAUGACAUCAGUUGGGUCCAGUGUGACAAGUGUGAAAAAUGGUACCAUCUACUAUGCAUUGGUAUGACGCAAGAGCCAGCUGAUGAUGAAGAGUUCAUCUGUCGCCCUUGUAUCAAGAGACAGCGUCAGUCUGUGGCAGCCAAGGCACGCCAUGCAGCUCAGAGGGCUGCUGAAGCUAGGAGAAGCAGCGGUUCCACUACGCCAACACCACCCUCCAAACCACUAGACAUCAAGAUCAAGAUGGAACCAAACUGUCUAGAAGAUACCACGGGGACACCAAUGGAAGAAACUGUUCCUGAUAUUAAACCAAUAAUUGCGGACAUGUGUGAUUCGUCCACGGAGAAAACUGAGACACAAUCACUCAAAGAUUCUAGCUCAUCAGAGACCCCAAUGUCUUGUACAGACCAAAAGUCAGGAGGUGAGCCAGUCACAGAGACAUCUGAAGACACCAAAUCAGUGGUGGCCCAAGUAGAUACCCCCAGUGACAUGGACAAACAAGUCUCCCAGAAAGUAAUGACAAGUGAAGAGACUGGAGAUACAGUGGCGAUGGAUACUACAGAGGAGAUCAUCUCAGUUGUCUCUACUCCUGUGGCUAACUCUCCCAUUGCAGCAGCUGCCAGUGAAGAACCCAUGGAAAUCCAAUUUCCAGACACCAAGAAAUCAGAUAGUGUGGAUAGUGUGGUCGCUGAAGAAAUUCCAUUGGAACUUAACACUGGAACUUCACCGGAAAAGCCAUUGACAACUUCACAUCCAGCAUUAUCUUCUGAAUCCAGUGUUGACACAUCAGUGGAAACUCCCAUGCCACCCAGCCAAGAGGCUCCAAGUGAUAGUCAAUCACCACUGACAUCUACCCCUCCAACAGCUCCUGCUGAGCCUAGUACAACCGCAGAUGAGCCCAGUGUCACCCAUCAAGAACCCACUCCACAAACGCAUUCUGAUGCAGCACAACCCUGUGACACCCAGCAUGAUUCAACAUCCACCCAGGUACAAGCAGAGUCCUCCUCAACCCAAGAGACUCUAACAGAAACUUUUGAAAGUAACAUGACUGAGUCAUCUUGAUGGGAAGCUAGAGUAAACGUGUUAGAAUGCUCCUCUAAUUAGUAAUUGGUAUACCAGACACUUUGCUUGUAAUCAAAACGCCUUUGAUUGGCUACCAGUUUGUUUUGUAGAAUACAUGCCAUUAAUUACCCUACCAAUUAACGUUAUAAUGAACAUUGUUAUGGUUGUUGGAUUCAGUGGUGUUAUACAUAUUGAAGGUCCGUUCCAUGACGAAUACUCACUAAAGAGAGCACUGGAGUUUGUAGAAGUAUAAAGUUUGACACAUCGAGUUUUACUGUCGCAUCAUGAAAGACACUUAUUUUGUUAUAUCAGUUUCAUAAACGAAUGGAGAUGUAAUUGAAAAAUUCAUCAAAGAUUUGUCACAUGUCUGGGAUCUGCUGUUGACUUCAAAUGAAGAGUGUGUUUGUGUGUACAGUAAGUACUAUGAGCUAUUAGUGUAAAAAUUGUACUCUAAUGGAAGAAACGUGUAAUUAACAAAAGGGGUAAAGUGCGCUUGUGUUAAUAUUUAAAAAGCAGCCAAACGAUUUAUAGCUGUUCAUAUUAGUGUAAAGCUUAGCACACUAAGACCUGUUACGCUGUAGCACGUAAAAAAAAAAAAAAAAAAAUUCAACAUGAUCUUGCAAAAAGCUUGUUUGAUUAACACUUUUUUUGACCAAGUGAUGAUGGGCAUUAGUCGGUUGAUUUUUCUAAUUUCUUGUGCAAAGUUGCUCUUCAUCCGAUUGAACAAGGAAUAAUAGUUCUAAUUCUAAAUUAUUAUUUUUAGAGUUUUCAGAAAUUAUUUUUUCAGUUGACAUUAGACACAAUGAUCAGCUACAUUAUUUUGAAUCGACACCAUUAGGUGGCCUUUAUGGAGAUUCAUACAGAUUUCACAGGUCAUGUAUUGUUUUAUUCAUUUUUUUGUUUUUACUUGACACCUCCACCUGUAAGUAAUGAUGUUCUGAAAAGAUGGUUGUUAAAGUGAUAAAUUGCCCUUGAGUUUUGUAGUAACAGAAGUCAAACAUUACAUGUGACUUCUGUUUAGUGCUUGGAAAAAAAAAGACCACAGUUGUCAGUAAAGUGUAGUGCAAUUGUGUUUUUGUUUAAACGAAAGUGCAUUUUGACAAAUCAACAACAAUAGUAACAAUCGGCACUUUAUCUUCUCAGUAUGGUUUGAAAGUAAUGCAUGAUUUGGAUAUAGUCAUAUCCAUUUAUCCAAGUAGUGUGCCAAAAAUAUAUUUUUUUUUCCAGUUGAUCAGUUGUUUUUUAACCAUACAUUUCUAUUCCUUGUUGUCUUAAUUUGCGUUUUUCUGUUUAUUCUUGCAAUACAUAUUUCAUUUUUUCUUGUUUGUUAAUUCUACCUCCUACAGUUGACUGAGAAAGAUGAUUUGAUUUUAUUCCCUUUUACUUUAAAACAUGAUCUACAAGUUAUGCACGUGCACUGCAGAUACGUAAUUUGUUGGCUUUUGCAAGUGGGAUCAAAGAAGUGACUGAAUAAGUUAAGUAGUUGACGUAUACUGUAUGUCACAUACAAUCCAAAAUUUUUGCCUUUUAUUCCCUCAGCUCGCAAACUGUUUUUGAAUGUGUUCUGAACAUGCAAGCUUAAACUCACAGCUGUAGCUAAGGGCUUUUCAUUUUACAAAUUUGACGAAUUAAAGGUCCCUUACCAGAAAAUAUGGAUUCUCAGGGGAGGGAGCUGAAGUUUAAGUUUAAGAAAGAGCUGAAUUGGUAGUAAGACCUAAACACCAAAAUCUCACUCUCCGUGCCUGCAUCAACCCUUGUGGCUUCUCGCUAGCAGAAUACCGUAAUCAAAAAUGGGAGUUUGUUAUGGAAAUAUAUGUAACAGUAAAUAAGUACCAGCAAAUGUAGAAAAUAACUUAAAAGCUCCAGUUCUAUGAUGUAUUUACCCAGGAACCCUGGUACUUCUAUGUUUACAAUAAAUUACAUGCACAUAUCUGAAUACAUGUAUGUACGCACUGGUAUGCCAAUGGGGAAUCCAAUUUCCCUCAAGAAUCCGUUUGAAGUAUGAAUUUGUCAACAGCAUAAAGUGAACAUUUUGCAGGCCCAAAAAUGCCUACUUGUGGUUGUUUGGAACAAGUUCAGAUUUUCUGCAUUUUUUUUUUGCAGAAGCUUACACUUGUCUCACUAAGAAAGUAGCACAGUAUGUAGAUUAUUUCUAGUCGCAUCACUUUGACUAGUUAAUUGGUACCAACACCUACAGCUUUUUGUUUUUGUUUUUUUAAAGAUGCUCUAAAAAAAAAAAAAAGUCUAUAUACAUGAAAAUUCUUCCGUUUUGCAAUAAGUGAAGAGAUUUUUCAUAUUGGUCUCUAAAAAUUCUUCGGGUUAAGUCUAUUUCCUGGUCUAUAUCUUUAAAAGUUAACAAUAUUAACUUGACUACUACUUUUCAAACAGUGGCAUGUGAAUGACUACAAAAUGCAAAAAAAAAACAACUUUAAUUGUUCAGAAUGCAUGGCUCAAUUUACACUUUUAUUUAACAGCUUGCAAUGAACUCAAUUUGUUCCUGGAUUUGUUUGAUUUAUAAAAGUAUGGCAUUUACUUUAUUUGAAAAUAGAGAACAGACUCGGAAGAAGUAGUCAAAAUGAUACUAACUGAUUGGUCAUUUUAUAUUUUUCUCUCAUAUACAUUGUGUUCAAUUGAAUUUCCUGCAUCCAUUUCGGAAAUAUUUUUUUAAAUUUACUUAUUUUCCUUUAUUCAGCAGCUGUCUAUCAUAAACAUGUAGAAAGAACUUAAAAUGAAAAUUUAAAAACCCUUCUUCAGUUACAUCUUUGUUCACGUAACAUAUUUAAAGUACUACUGUGUAAAGUAGAAGUUGAAUAUUCAAUUUGCCACUUUCUGUUUUUGAAUUGAUGUAGUUGUUUCUUUUCCAACCAGUGUAGUAAUGGACUGUAUGCCUGGCAGCCAUCUUACAGGGCAAUGCCUUUGUUUUUGCUGGGAUAGGCAUGUUACUGAAUUAAAAGAAAAAGAAAAAAAGAUGCCCUCUAAAAUGGCCGCCACGCAUAAGGGCCGUUGUUUGCAUUAUUCAUCAGUGAUUAUUAUGUACAUACAUUUUGAAAACACCUAAUUUGAGAUUGUUACAUUCUAAAGUAAGUGAAGGCUUAUACGUCCUUUAUGUUGUAAAUAUAACAUUUACCUUUUUCCCUUUUGACUAGGAUUAUACAGUUAAAACAGUUGGUCUCUUCUUUUUCUCUUAAGAAUUACCAGUUUGAUUUUUGUUUACUUUAAACUUCUGUUCAAUGAUAAAACAUAUUGUUACAUGUAUGUGGAAUACCCCAAAAACAAACUGUUGACACAUCAUUUUGCCUAGUUUUCGAUACUCAUGCAGAGUUGAGUUUGACUCAGAUAUAUGAAAUUAAACAAUAAAUACAACAAACAGUGUAAAUGGUGCAUAUUUGAGGCAUAGGUAGAAAAGUGAGUUGAUCACCAACCACGAUAAUGCGGCCUUAUUGUUAGUACAAAUCCCCAAAAGAUAGUUAACAUAAAUAAGAUGGUGCCCUGUAAAAGACAAAAUCAACCUAAUAUUGAGGUUUUCCUUACUAAUUUAAAUUUAUAUUUAUUUGCCAUUGAAGAAGCCAUCAGAAUAGCUUCCUAUAGUUUCAUGUACACAUGCUACAUUUAUGGUCAAGAGGAACAUCAAAUUGUCAUGGAAACCCUUUUAAGAUGACGGUAGGCCCAGUGUGCUACCCAGACAACUUAACACAUUAUGCAACAAUAACAGAAAUCAUAUUUGCUUUUUUUAAAUCCAAAGUUGCAUUGCAACACUUGACAAUAUCUCGGCGUCAGUGAUAUUUUCACGUUAAGAAACAUGUAUUUUCUCAUUUGCUUACAUUUGGCCAAUUCACCAAGUAGGUUUUUCUGAACAAUGUGUAGUGUAUUAUUUUAUGAACUUCCGAGGUGUAUGGAUGAAAAGACACAAAGUGACUAUUUCUGUUGAUUGUUAAUUCUUUAACUCUGUAUGCUAUUAAUGAGCAAGUGACAUUGUAGAAAUAGAGGGGAAAAACAUUUUGUUUUGUUUAUGUGUAUCUUGCGAAGGAUUAAAUGGUAUCCUAACAGUAACGAUGACUUGGAGAGUGCUGAUUUCAUUAAAACCGCAUUCAGAAGUGCAGUAUGAGGAAUGUG